UGAGGGCAGCGUACGUAGCGAGAUAGCCUGGGAGAUCAGAAGAAGAAGAUGGUGGUGAUGAGACGGGGUGCCCUGCCUCUGUGCGCUCUACUGCUCGUCGUGCUCCUCUGCGCGGCGAGCCUCGCGGACGUCGGGGAAGCCCGGCGCGGCGGGGGCGGCGGGAGGGGCGGCAAGGGCGGCCGCGCCAUCGGUGGCGCCGGCGGAGUAAGAGGAAGCCACAGCGGCGGGCCCCGCGGCCUCAGCGGCGGCACCUGGACGGCGUGCGCCGGGUCCUCGCUGCUGGCCGCGGCGGCCGUGCUGCUGUAGACCCUCGCUCUCCCAUCUCCUCAUGCUGCAUCGACGAACAUGCGCAUAGGUUUCUAUCUUUUUUCUUUCCUUCUUUGGGUUCGGAGCAGGUAAAGGUUUCUUUUUUUCUCCAUUCUCAUAUUCUCAUAGCAUCUCCAGCAAUAGCUCCCAAAUCACAGUUUUCAUAUAGCUUUUGGGGGCUGGUCCCCAUCUCAUACCUCCAAAUAAUACAUCCAACUACAGCAGAAGUCCUCAUAUUUAAGUCAUCAUCCAAGUCUAGAGGGGCUCUUGAGUGGAGCCCACAAAUGGUAGGCUCCCUAGAGACCCCUCAGGGCUAGGGGGUGGAGAAAGAGAUUUGGAGGCCUCCCUAGUUUAGGGACUCAAGUAGAAAGACUGUUAGAGUUGUUUUUCUUGAUUUCACCCUUCAAAUUUGAGGUAGGGGAUUUGACAGAGGGUCUGCUGGAGUUCUUAUGAACCGGGGGUGGUGGUGUGUAGAGUGCAUGGAUCUCAGGACGCAUAUGGUCCCUGUUGCCGUAUUCGGCAUGGAGAAACUGUGAUCAGUGAUUGUAACAUGAACUUGGAGUAUUGUAACAUAUAUGGCGCAAUUCGAUAACUCGAGGCAAACGUUAUUGCAAAUCGUAA